CCUGUCGCGGCCGACUUACCACGGCUCCUUCCCCUUCCUCCAUCUCACAACAUCACUGCCUCACAUCAAUAUUUUCCAGAGCCUCAAGAAGUCUCCCCAGAAGCUCCUUAUACCAUCAUCAUCCUUGACCACCCAUUAUAAACCCUUUUCGCGACAGCGUCCUCUGGAAGGAAAUCAGUCUUCUGCUUUGAAAUCCAUCCUGAUAUGGCGCUCCAUCGUCGAUAGCCCUACGAUCAAACGACCUUGUCCGACCAUCUCUGAAUCCAUCCUGAGCACCGCUUGUCUCCUGGGUGCGCAGCCUACGAAUAGCCUCCUGUCAAUCCCAAUUAUCCCUAUCAUCAAGAGUUGCCGUCGACCUCGUUGCAUUUCUGCAGACCCAUUAGUUUGGCUUCUACAGCAUCAUGACUACCGAAAGACGCAACUUCUCCAGCCUAUCUUUCUCGUCCAAGAAGAACACAAACGGAGAUCCCGGAUCCGGGACUCACACACCGACUUCUACAAAACUCCGAAACUUCUUUCGAAUCAACAGUAGUGGCAGUCAAACGUCAAUAGGGUCAGAUGGGCUACCCACUCCACGCACCGAAUCCAAACCCCUCAAACAAUCGAGAUUCCUUCCCGGCCUAGGGAGAAACAGAUCGACCACGAUCGCGAGCGACGGCCAUCCACUCGACGACGCGAUAGUCUCUCCCACUGCUCAGGCAAAUCCCUACUUUGCCCAUCAAGGACCUCCCGCUUUGCGACACCAUAACGAAGGCAGCGUUCCUCCGUCACCUCCAGAUACUCCCAAAGUACAAGGCCAUGGCAGUGUGGCUGACGAGAAUGUGGUCACGGCGGGUAAAGAAGAGCUGGCCCGAAAGUUGAGACGUGUGGCCUCCGCCCCCAACGCCCAAGGACUCUUCAACAGCAACAAAGCAAACCAUGACCGGCCUCAAACGGCUGAGUUGGGCAAAGAGCCUGUCGCCGUCGAGACAGGUGACACUCCCAAACUCAGCAUGAUGGCCAAAGAGGAUGUUGAUGUUUCCAUUCUUCCCACGGCUGGGGCCAAACUUCCACUUCCCGGCCAACUCCGUCAAUCAAUUGCUUUUCGACGGACAUAUAGUUCUAAUUCGAUCAAAGUGCGCAAUGUGGAGGUCGGUCCUGGCAGUUUCGACAAAAUCAAAUUGAUUGGCAAAGGGGACGUGGGUAAAGUCUACUUGGUGCGGGAGAAGAAGUCCAAUCGGCUCUAUGCCAUGAAAGUUCUGAGCAAGAAGGAAAUGAUCAAGCGGAACAAGAUCAAGCGUGCCUUGGCUGAGCAGGAGAUUCUUGCUACUAGCAAUCACCCGUUCAUUGUCACGUUGUAUCACUCGUUCCAGUCGGAGGAACACCUCUAUCUGUGCAUGGAGUACUGCAGCGGGGGUGAAUUCUUCCGUGCCCUGCAGACCCGACCGAACAAGUGUGUGGGCGAAGAUGAUGCCCGGUUCUAUGCGGCAGAGGUGACGGCAGCGCUGGAAUACCUCCAUCUGAUGGGCUUCAUCUACCGAGACUUGAAACCCGAAAACAUCUUGCUGCAUCAGUCCGGCCACAUUAUGUUGUCUGAUUUUGAUUUAUCCAAACAGUCUGACUCGGGUGGAGCACCCACCAUGAUCCUCGGUACGCGAAACGCGUCGAAUCCGACGGGGUAUCCUCUUGUAGACACCAAGUCAUGCAUUGCCGACUUUCGCACCAACUCGUUUGUGGGCACGGAAGAGUACAUUGCUCCCGAGGUGAUCAAGGGAAAUGGUCACACCAGUGCUGUGGACUGGUGGACACUAGGAAUAUUGAUCUACGAAAUGCUCUUUGGAACCACUCCGUUCAAGGGUAAGAACCGGAAUGCCACAUUUGCCAACAUUCUGAGGGAUGAGGUCCCCUUUCCAGACCAUUCGCAUCCGACUCAGGUUAGCAAUUUGUGCAAAUCCGUGAUCCGCAAACUAUUGAUCAAGGACGAAGUCAAAAGGUUGGGUUCGCGAGCUGGAGCGUCAGACGUCAAGAAUCACCCAUUCUUCCGGCCGAUCACAUGGGCAUUGCUUCGACACAUGAAGCCUCCCAUGAUUCCCCACCAAGGCCGGGGUAUCGACACGCUGAAUUUCCGGACAGUCAAGGACAGUGGCAGCGUGGACAUUGGAGGAUCGCCGACACGACUCAAGGGCGUCCCUCUCGACUCGGGCAUGGCAACCCCUGGAGGUGAGAUUGCCGAUCCAUUUCUCGAAUUCAACAGUGUGACACUGCAUCACGAUGACGACGACAUGAUGAUGAUGCCAGAAGGAGGUCCAAGUGGUGGUCGGUGAUGGGGAUGAUGGGGAUGAUGGGGAUGAU